UAUCCGUACGCGUCCAUUGUGAAACUCAAACGAAUGGAAAUAGAAAGUCUGUAAAACAUUUUUUAAGGAUUACUUUUAAACUGAAAUUGAGAAAUAAAAAAACGCCGUCCACAGCAUUUAUCCGUGAUGCGACUGUGACUUGAUCUGUAGUCGAGUCAUUGAAUUCCUCACCCACUUUGAGUAUCAUUGAUCAGUAUUGCGCUUCGAACUGACUAAGAUGAGAACUGCCGAGGAUUCUUCAGGCACUGUUCUGCAUCGGCUCAUCCAGGAACAGCUCCGGUACGGGAACCCCACCGACGCUCGCACCCUCUUGGCCAUCCAGCAGCAGGCUCUGCGUGGGGGCAGCAGUGGCGGGGGUGCCGGCAGCCCUCGCUCAUCCCUGGAAAGCCUGACGCAGGAGGAAACCCAAUUCCUCCAGAUGUCUACGAGACAAGAGCCUCAAGGUCAGGAGCAUCAGGGGGACUAUCAGCACACAGAGAGCCCUGUCUGCCACCUUUACCAGCUCCACGGGGAAGAACUGCCCACAUACGAGGAAGCUAAAGCUCACUCUCAGUACCUUGCCUCGCAGAGAGGACAGGCUGGUGUUCAGCACAGCAGCCCGGAGGUCUCCAGUCCGGACGCAGGAAUGGAACAAGACGAAGGAGUCUGGGACCUUAAACGGGAGCAUGCCAGAUCACUCAGCGAGCGUAUCAUGCAGCUCUCACUGGAGAGGAACAGUUCCCAUGACAACAUGCCUGUGAGCCUGUCACGCAGUUAUCCUCAGCUGUCCAAUGGUCAUGCUGGUCCAGCAACACACAACGGCCCAGUGACACGUGGCCCACCACCGGAGUACCCCUUCAUGGUUAAAUCCCCUGGAUAUAUGCUGAGCCACUCACAGGAACAUGGACAGUAUUACAAAGAACCACCUCCUCCCUUCCACUCUCUGCAUCACAGGUUUGUUCCAGCCCAAGCACAGGUAAUUCGUCACAAUGGCGUUCCCACACUGACCCCUGCUGGUCCGGAGGUCCUGGCUGCACCACUAAACAACCCUCACAAUAACACUCAAAUGGAGAUGUUGAUGAAGGAGAAUGAGAGGCUAAGGAGAGAGUUGGAGAACUACAGUGAGAAGGCAGCAAGGCUACAGAAGCUGGAGCAGGAAAUUCAGAGGAUAUCUGAAGCCUAUGAGACACUCAUGAAGGGUUCAGCAAAAAGAGAAUCCCUGGAAAAAACCAUGAGGAACAAGCUUGAGGGAGAAAUUAAGAGGCUGCAUGACUUCAACAGAGAUCUCAGGGAUCGCCUGGAUACAGCUAACAAACAGAGAGUGGCUGUGGAAGUUGAAGAUCAGAGCCAGCAUGUCUUUUCCAAACUGGUUGAACAAAAUGAGGAACUGCUGCGAGAGCGGGAGCGUCUGGAGCGAGAGCUGCAGUGUCUGCGUGGUUCAGGAGAUGAAUGGCGCAGACAACGUGAGGCCCUGGAGCAGGCUUUGGUUUCGGCUCAGGCGCGGAACAGGCUUCUGGAGGAGGAGCUGCGCAGGAAGAAGGCGUAUGUGGAGAAAGUGGAGCGUUUGCAGAGUGCCCUGGCCCAGCUGCAGGCUGCCUGCGAGAAGAGAGAAGCUCUUGAACUGAAACUGCGUACCAGACUGGAGCAAGAGCUGAAAAGCCUGAGAACACAACAGUGGCAAUCCCAGGUCCACAUGAACAGUUUGUCCUCCUCAGACAUUAGCACUUCAUCUCUGCAACAGCAGUUGCGGGAAAGAGAGGAGCGGAUUCUGGCCCUGGAGGCUGAUAUCACACGCUGGGAACAGAAGUACCUGGAGGAGAGCACCAUGAGGCAGUUUGCCAUGGAUGCUGCUGCUACUGCAGCUGCGCAAAGGGAUACAACUAUCAUUAAUCACUCCCCUGGCCACUCACCCAAUAACAGUUUCAAUGAGGACUUGCCAUCGUCCAGUCACAGACAUCAGGAAAUGGAGAACAGGAUUCGAACUCUUUAUGCUCAGCUCCUGGAGAAGGAUGCUGUGAUUAAGGUCCUGCAGCACCGAUCCCGGCGGGAACAAGGUCGCCCAGAACCACAGGGACUACGGCCUGCCCGAUCUGUCCCAUCUAUCAGUACUGUUGCUACCACAACUACCGUCUCCAAGAUCAAAGGAAAGAGCCUCUCGGAUGACCAGACAGCAGCAGCGUCUUUGCCGCCUGCCUCACGGCCACUCUCCAAAGCUCAGAGUCGGGACUGCAGCACGCAGUGUGACGGACCCUCUCAAGAGGCCAAUGCUGUCAUAGAAUCCCCUGCCACAACAGUGACUCCAGAACCAACACCCGCACCCAGCUCUGAAAAUGGCAUGGAGCUGCCGGGGACAGCUCUCAGUGCCACCAAGAGCAACAGUGUUGAGACAGACAUGGUGGAGAUACUUAUCUGAAGAGCUCACAGAAUUCUCCCAUCCGUGUCUUAGAAUCUAGAAUUCCGACAGCAGUGAAGAGACACUCGGAAAAAAAUAUUCAUCCAGCUCACACCUGGGAUUGACCGAGUGUAAGGAACAAAGUUUGCCCCAUCCAUUGACGUUUAUGCAGCAAACUAGCCAGAGGUCGCCAUUGGAUGUGGACCGCAUGAAGAAACAGACGCUAAGAACUGCCUUCAAGUGCAGAGAGGAGAGCAGAGCUCCCUUGAACUGUUCUCUGCACUAAAAAAAAAAACCAUAUGAAAGGCAACGCUCCAAACCCUGUUAGCCACAGUCUCACAACUAGCUUGUCAUGUGUACUAGAGUCUGAACUUGAGGUACUUGGACAGUACUUGGCAUAGUAGCAGUGGGCAGCUGUGAGACUUCAUAAUUGCAUAUAAACACAGUAUACAUAAAGAUCCUUGUUAAGUAAUGUAUUUAUAUUUAUGAUGCUGCUGACAUAGAAUAAUUUGUGUGUGUGUGUGUGUGUGUGUAUUUGUGAAGUGUCUGGCCUAGUUUGUAAGGAAGAUGAGAGAAUUCCUGAAUGUCUAUUUUUGUUUGAUUCCACUAUAUUGACAUAUCCUUGAUUGUCAUGCAUCAUUUUCUCCAUACAAAAUCGACCAAGGGUAGUGUUCUAUUCCAGCUAAAUAUGUUGAUCCAUGAAAGACUAUGACCGCAUUCUCAGAUGAAGCACACAACAAACACAAAGACAGCUUUGGCCGUUCCAUGUAUAGCCAUGUUCUGUCACAACUGCUUGACCCUUGAAUGUUGGGAAUAGAAACCUCAUGUAAUCUGGUAGGCCUAGGAUUACAGCAUUUACCAGAAUAGUUGAGCAAAUACCAACUGACUGAAUGCCUUCGCUCCCGUUUGUACUAAAUUAACAGUACAGUUGGUGUUCUUAUUAUAAUUGGCUGUUGGUGGGCCUCUUUCCUUGCUUUAACAGUGGAAUGAGAGGCCUCCUUUUGUGGGCAGAGGUUGAUGGGAAAGGCUUGUCUCCUCUCUUUUCAGGGACACUUAAAGGGAGUGUUAUGUUGGAGGAGGGGGGUUGGAUGUGAUGUUUCAAAUACCAGAUUAUUAUUUGCGUCUCAGACGGCCGUUACCCAACAUACUUUUCUGUCACAGCUAAUCUUCCCACAUUCCUUUCUGGCAGAGUCUCUCUGGUCAGAAGAAGUUUCUAUCUGGAGUCUGACCCCUUUGCCCCAUUUAAAAUGGCUGGUAUUCACAGAGCCACGGUAGCUGGUUCUACCCUGAGCAUCUAAAUCGAAGAGCAGUUAUAUACCGUAACUCAGACAAAUGUGGCUAUAUAUGGUCUUGAUUUACUAUCCUAUACAUUAACCCAGUGUUCUAAAAAUAUUAUUGUCUUUAUCUGGCAAGAUAUUCACACUUCUGAAGACAGAAAGACAUGUGAACACUAAAUGGAACUAUACCAGGUUUAGAUAGUGAAGCACCAGUGAACGCCUUUGGCUUUUGUACCACCACAGAUGUGUUUGUGUUCUUUGAGUGAUCGAUCAAAACUGGAAAGUGCUGGGUAGGAUCAGUAUUGCACCAUGUUCCGCUCUUUCACUGAAUGCUACAUUUCUAUCUUUCUCUCUUUCUUUUCCACACAAUGCAUUUGCUGGUCAAAAUAUUGUGAUGGAUUUCCUGUGCAUUUUAAAUGCUGUG